AUGUCGACCACAGAGAAGAAGUCCAAGGAGAACCAACUCAAUCGCUCCUCGCACAAGUUCCAAGUGAAUGAUGUCGUCCUCGCCAAGAUCCGCGGAUUCCCAGCAUGGCCCGGUAUCGUGAUGGACGAUGCCAACGUGCCUUCCGCCGUCCUCAAGGAGCGUCCCAGCAUCAAGCAUCGCGACCUUUACACCAUCCGCUUCUUCCCCGCCGCCGACUACCACUGGGCUUUCUCCAAAGACCUCGAACUGCUCAACGCAGACAAGAUCGACGCCUUCCUCGCCGGCCCGAAUCGCAAAAAGGGCGAUCUCAGACAAGCCUACGAACUCGCACGCGACCCUACCAGCUGGAACGAAGAGCAGAACACCAUUGUCAAGAACUACGAAAAGUCGCUCCAAGACGCCGCCGAGGAGGAGGAGGAGAACCAGGACCAGCUCGAGGAGGACGAGGAGGACGAGGGCGAGGAAGAGGAGGCAUCGAGCAAGAAGAGGAAACGCAGUGCCGAGGGCGGCAAGGUGCGCGAGAGUGCCGACAAGCGCAAGAAGGUCAAGGCGGCCGAGGCGGCGGGCAAGCCCAAGGCGGAAAAGCCGAGCAGCAAGGUGGGCGCAGGCGCCAACGGCGAGGACAAGUCGGAGGAGCUGUUGGAUCCCGAGACCAAGAAGGUCAAGGAGUGGCGUCACAAGGUGCAAAAGGCGUUCCUCGCCAAGGACAGCACCAUCCACGCCGACGACAUGCCCGCAGCAGACGCCACCUUCAAGGUGAUCGAGGAGUUCGACGGCAUGACGGCCGAGCAUCUGCGCACCACCAAGAUCGGCAAGGUGAUGAAGAGGAUCAUGCAGCUCGGUGACAUUCCGCGCGAGGACGACUUCCGCUUCAAGGAGCGCGCCGAAAAGCUGUGCGCCAGGUGGGGAGCCAUCAUGGCGGGCGGCGGCGACGCGCACAAGGAUACGCCAGGCGACGACUCGGUCGCGGAGCCCGCAAAGGAGAACGGCGAUGCCAGCACCCACGCGCCAGAAGCUGCAAAGCCAAAGCCCGAAGCAGACGACACGCCCUCGGCGCCCGCUGCGGAAUCGUCCUAA